AAGUGAACGAGGCGACCCGGAAGCGGUGGUCCGACCGGAGGCAGACAGAACAUCAACCUUUUAUAUUUUAGCAGCACUCGCAGGACAAUUAUAUCUGCAAGCGGGACACAAGGAUGGCAGAGCCUCGAUUUAACAACCCGUAUUUCUGGCCACCCCCUCCAUCCAUGCCAAGCCAGCUGGAUAACCUGGUCCUCAUUAACAAGAUCAAGGAGCAGCUGAUGGCUGAGAAGAUCCGACCGCUGCACCUGCCGCCUACCUCCACCCCCUCGCAGCAGUCGUUACUCGUGGCCGCCUCGUCCCCGGACGGCGGCGCUCAGCACGGCAUGCCGGUGCAGAAGCCUCAGCCGCAUCAGGUGCCGGGCCACCACACCACGCAGCAGCAGGGCUCCGGACAGCCGGACAUCGCUCUGCACGCUCGCCCCGCCUCCAGCUCUGGACCAGAUGGAAGUCUGGACGACAAGUCAGCAGUGAAGGCCAAAGGAUUGUGGGAAGACUGGCACAUGAGACAGCUUGGUGAGCAGCCUGGUCGCAUCAACCAUCGCUCAGGUCUGGCCCCGUCCUCUCGACCCGACAGCCACAGCACCUCAGAGGCCCUGACCCCGACGACUCCGACCUCCAGCAGCCAGAACCGCCUGGGCGGUGCCCCCUCUGUUAACAUCAUCUCCGGGCUGGCCAGCGGUCCUGGAGUGGAUCAUAUGAAGGUCGGAGGCCUGGCAGGACUUUUGGGCCCCCCACCAAAGGCGCCACGGGGACGAAAGAAGAUAAAAGCCGAAAACACUUCAGGGCCUCUUCUAGUGGUGCCCUACCCCAUCCUAGCUGACCAAGGCUGCGUCACUGUGGCACCCAAAGAGGGCAAAACCUACAGAUGCAAAGUCUGCCCGCUCACCUUCCUAACCAAGUCCGAGAUGCAGAUUCAUUCCAAGUCCCACACAGAGGCCAAACCACACAAGUGUCCCCAUUGCUCAAAGACGUUUGCCAACGCCUCCUACUUGUCCCAACACCUGCGCAUCCACCUUGGUAUCAAACCCUACCACUGCUCCUACUGCGAGAACUCCUUCCGCCAGCUGUCUCACCUGCAGCAGCACACCAGAAUCCACACUGGUGAUAGGCCUUAUAAAUGUGCUCACCCUGGAUGUGAGAAAGCUUUUACCCAGCUGUCUAACCUUCAGUCCCACCAGAGGCAGCACAAUAAAGAUAAGCCGUAUAAAUGUCCCAACUGCUACCGUGCCUACUCUGACUCUGCAUCACUGCAGAUCCACUUGUCAGCGCAUGCCAUCAAAAACGCGAAGGCCUACUGCUGCAGCAUGUGCGGCCGGGCAUACACCUCGGAGACCUACCUAAUGAAGCACAUGUCCAAACACACAGUGGUGGAGCACCUAGUGAGCCACCAGUCACCCCAGCGGACCGAGUCUCCCAGCAUCCCCAUCCGCAUCUCCCUCAUCUGAGCUCCCUGAGCAGGAAGAUUUUUCGGAGUCUGCGUUCGGCCGGACCUCCCCGGGCCCCGCACCUACGGCCAUCUCCAUCAGACUUACAGUACGUUACCUUUGUGACAGCUGACAUGAGAAUUCGGUGUAAGAUUCAGAAAACGGACAACCUUCAUCCGUCUCGGGUCGCCUGUCAAAAGUGAGCACAGCGGUAUUUUUGUGAAUGUAACAGUACAGCUUGAUGUUAUCUGGUGGCUUGAAGAAUGUCUGGCGUCAGAUUCAAUAAGCACUUUUGUAAGCAUCGUGUACACCGUCGGAAGCGUUGG